GAAGAGACUCGUGCACAAUUAUCCGCCUUCCCACCUAUGACUAUGGAUGAGAAAUAUGUGAACAGCAUUUGGGAUCUUCUGAAAAAUGCAAUCCAAGAGAUCCAGCGUAAGAACAAUAGUGGUCUCAGUUUUGAGGAGCUGUAUAGGAAUGCAUAUACAAUGGUGUUGCAUAAACACGGCGAAAAACUCUACACUGGACUAAGAGAAGUGGUCACUGAGCAUCUAAUAAACAAGGUGCGAGAAGAUGUGUUAAACUCCUUGAAUAACAACUUUCUACAAACACUAAACCAAGCAUGGAAUGAUCAUCAAACAGCAAUGGUGAUGAUUAGAGACAUUCUGAUGUAUAUGGACCGUGUGUAUGUGCAACAAAAUAAUGUGGAGAAUGUCUACAAUUUGGGCUUGAUUAUUUUUCGAGAUCAAGUUGUACGCUAUGGCUGUAUUAGGGAUCACCUACGGCAAACUCUGCUGGAUAUGAUUGCGAGAGAAAGGAAAGGAGAGGUGGUGGACAGAGGCGCAAUAAGAAAUGCUUGCCAGAUGUUAAUGAUUCUAGGUCUUGAAGGAAGGUCAGUCUAUGAAGAAGACUUUGAGGCUCCGUUUUUGGAGAUGUCUGCAGAAUUUUUUCAGAUGGAAAGUCAGAAAUUUUUAGCUGAAAACAGUGCUUCUGUAUAUAUAAAGAAAGUAGAAGCUAGAAUUAAUGAAGAAAUAGAACGGGUGAUGCAUUGUCUGGAUAAAUCGACAGAAGAACCAAUUGUGAAAGUUGUUGAGAGGGAGCUAAUUUCCAAGCAUAUGAAAACUAUAGUGGAAAUGGAGAACUCUGGGCUAGUUCAUAUGCUGAAAAAUGGGAAGACAGAAGACCUUGCUUGCAUGUACAAGUUGUUUAGCCGUGUGCCAAAUGGUCUGAAGACAAUGUGUGAGUGCAUGAGCUCGUACCUGAGAGAGCAAGGCAAAGCACUAGUUUCUGAAGAGGGAGAAGGAAAGAAUCCAGUUGACUACAUUCAGGGUUUACUGGAUUUGAAGAGUAGGUUUGACCGCUUUCUUCAAGAAUCUUUCAAUAAUGAUCGACUCUUCAAACAAACUAUUGCGGGUGACUUUGAGUACUUCCUCAACCUCAACUCCAGGUCUCCAGAGUACCUCUCAUUAUUUAUUGAUGAUAAGCUGAAAAAGGGAGUGAAGGGACUAACAGAGCAAGAAGUAGAAACUAUAUUGGAUAAGGCAAUGGUUUUAUUUAGGUUUAUGCAAGAGAAAGAUGUUUUUGAACGCUAUUACAAGCAGCACUUGGCAAGAAGACUUCUCACAAACAAGAGUGUUUCAGAUGACUCGGAGAAAAAUAUGAUAUCUAAAUUAAAGACUGAAUGCGGAUGUCAGUUCACGUCUAAACUGGAAGGCAUGUUCAGGGACAUGAGCAUCUCAAACACGACGAUGGAUGAGUUCAGGCAACACCUCCAGGCAACCGGGGUCUCAUUAGGUGGUGUUGAUCUUACAGUGCGGGUCCUUACAACAGGCUACUGGCCUACUCAGUCAGCCACACCAAAGUGCAACAUCCCUCCAGCUCCCAGGCAUGCUUUUGAAAUAUUUAGAAGAUUUUAUUUAGCCAAACAUAGUGGGCGACAGCUGACACUCCAGCAUCAUAUGGGUUCUGCAGAUCUCAAUGCCACUUUCUAUGGGCCUGUUAAAAAGGAAGAUGGCUCAGAGGUUGGUGUAGGAGGCGCCCAAGUAACUGGCUCAAAUACACGGAAGCACAUAUUGCAAGUCUCCACUUUCCAGAUGACGAUAUUAAUGCUCUUUAACAACAGAGAAAAAUACACAUUUGAGGAAAUUCAGCAAGAAACUGAUAUCCCUGAAAGAGAGCUAGUUAGAGCCCUACAGUCCCUUGCAUGUGGCAAACCAACGCAACGUGUUCUCACAAAAGAGCCUAAAUCAAAAGAAAUAGAAAAUGGUCAUAUAUUUACAGUGAAUGAUCAGUUCACAUCUAAAUUACACAGAGUCAAGAUUCAGACGGUUGCUGCCAAACAAGGAGAAUCUGAUCCAGAAAGGAAAGAAACAAGGCAGAAAGUAGAUGAUGACAGAAAACAUGAGAUAGAAGCUGCUAUAGUUCGGAUAAUGAAAUCUAGGAAGAAGAUGCAACACAAUGUGCUAGUAGCAGAGGUAACUCAGCAGCUGAAGGCCCGAUUCUUACCAAGUCCAGUUGUUAUUAAAAAACGUAUUGAAGGACUUAUUGAGAGGGAAUAUUUGGCACGAACACCUGAGGAUCGCAAAGUAUACACUUACGUAGCAUAAAAUGCGUUCAGAAAAUUUGGUUUAUUCUUGGACUAUACUCUUCGCAUGAACUGGGAAGUUCUUUUAAAUCAUUAAUAUUAAGACAACCAUCUCUUCUAUUAAAUUACAGUACAUGUUCUAGACCAUUCAGAUCAAGCCUUUUACUCCUUUUGAGAGUUUUCAACAUGAAUUGAUUGAGCUUCAGGCUUUUCAACGUUAUCCCUGUAGAGAUCAUCCUUACAAUUCUUCGGGAAAAUGUGAAUGUGCCGCGUUUGUUUUCAAUACUGUAUGAAAACAGAAAAAUAAAAACAAAUUUAGAAAAUACAGCUCACUUAAAAAAAUAAAAUUGUUGGAAUUUCAUUUCCCCA